UUCCGAAAACAGCAUUUCGGAAGUGAACUUCCGAAAUACUGCGCGUUCUGCAGAUUUAUUAAAACACUCCCCCUCCCCCAUUCAUUUACCCUAACUCAAAUAAAAAACAAGCAAAGGCGAAAAUUUGUGCAAACACACUUCCAAGGCUGCAUCAAGGCUCCAAUCACAUUGCUAUACAACAUUCAAAAGCCCACAAAUCACUCAAUUUGAACAUGUCAGGCAACCAACCAGCACGCAUCAGACAGGGUAGGGAGACCCAGACUGCGUCAGCUACACAGGGAAUGGGUGGCGCUAAGGGAAAAAAGGAGGUGAAGGAGAAGAAGAAGGUUUUGACCGGCUCUACUUCGUGCUCUCGCGGAGUGAAGGAGGUGAAGGAGAAGAAGAAGGUUUCGACCGGCUCUACUUCUCGUUCCCAGGGGGCCCGGGGCCCGGAUGCUCAAGCUCAACUAUCUGGCGUGAGAGUCGUGGUUGAUGCUGAUGGUUCUGCGACUGAGUGGGAUGAGGAUUGGUAUCAGUAUCUUCAUUCGGAGGAGUUCGCUCGUCGGGCAGAAUAAUGUGUUUUUGUUUUGUUUGAUGUGUAUUUUGUAACGCUCGUCGGGCAGAAUAACGUGUUUUUGUUUUGUUUGACGUGUUUUGUUUUGUUUUGAUUUCGGAUUGUAUC